CAGUUGUGAUCUGGGAGUAUGUUACCGUGAUUAGGUCGGUCAGGCGGGCGAUGCGUCGGCAUCUUGUUGUUAUAGAGAGGGACUCUGCUUCGUGGUGAAUGUGUUCACGGUGAAGGCCGUUGUGUUGUCUGGCUGAGGGUUGUGCUGAGCAUAUUGGCUGAAAAUGGGAGCGUUUCUGGAUAAGCCAAAGAUGGAAAAGCAUAAUGCCAGUGGUGCAGGAAAUGACCUACAUUAUGGACUGAGCAGCAUGCAAGGUUGGCGAAUUGAGAUGGAGGAUGCACAUACAGCUGUCAUUGGACUACCACAUGGACUUGAAGCAUGGUCUUUCUUUGCAGUCUAUGAUGGGCAUGCUGGAUCCCAAGUUGCCAGAUAUUGCUGUGAGCAUUUGUUAGAUCACAUCACCAACACCCAGGAUUUCAAAGUUACUGAUGGCAUGACUGAACCUACGGUUGAGAAAGUAAAAAGUGGAAUCCGAACAGGUUUCUUGCAGAUAGAUGAGCAUAUGCGAACAAUCUCUGAGAAGCGCCAUGGUUCAGACAGAAGUGGGUCAACGGCAGUGGGUGUCAUGGUUUCACCCAAGCAUAUUUACUUUAUCAACUGUGGAGACUCUCGAGGUUUGCUUUGUCGGAAUGGCAAGGUUCAUUUCUUCACGCAAGAUCAUAAACCAAGUAACCCACAGGAGAAAGAACGGAUCCAGAAUGCUGGUGGCUCAGUCAUGAUUCAGCGUGUGAAUGGUUCCCUUGCUGUUUCAAGGGCUCUUGGAGACUUUGAUUACAAGUGUGUCCAUGGGAAGGGUCCAACAGAGCAGCUUGUCUCACCAGAACCUGAGGUUUAUGAAAUUGAGAGAACAGCGGAUGAUCAGUUUAUUAUCCUAGCGUGUGAUGGUAUUUGGGAUGUCAUGGGGAAUGAAGAGAUCUGUGAAUUUGUUAAAUCCAGACUAGAAGUUAGCAAUGAUCUUGAGAAAGUGUGUAACCAGAUUGUUGACACGUGCUUGUACAAGGGGAGUCGAGACAACAUGAGUGUCGUGUUGAUUUGCUUUCCAAAUGCACCAAAGGUAUCACCUGAAGCAGUGAAGAGAGAGGCUGAGCUGGACAACUAUCUGGAGAACAAAGUGGAAGAAAUCUUUGAGAAGCAGGGUGCUGAGGGGGUACCAGGUCUAGUCCAGGUGAUGCGUGCUUUGUCGUCGGAGAGCAUCCCAAACCUCCCACCAGGAGGUGAACUAGCCAGCAAGCAGAGUGUUGUUGAAGCAGUUUACAAUAGACUGAGUCCCUACCAGGCUGACACAGAACCUUCAUCUCCUGAUGAUAUGUGGUAACAGCUGACCAGGAGCUUGCAUAUAUCCACAAUCAAGGCCAUCGCAUAUCUGCGAAUCAGAAGUCUGCAAAACAUUGUUGAUGUUGCGAAGGAAAUUCAACAAGGGUGUGAAUACAAUACCGGAAUUCAGUAACCAGCAAUGAUUCACCUAAGAUCUGAUUUAUUUACGGUGGCUGAAAAUACGAAGAUCGAAUUAUUUCCACUAUAAAUUGGGCAUUGUUUACUUUAAUUUUAUUGACUGAUUAAAAGUGCAAUUCUGUUUUAUUUCAAGAAAAACCUUCUAUUUAAUGGAAUAUGACCUCCUUGCAAAAUGUACUGGGUAGAAAAACUGACCAAUAUUCCCUGGUAAAGAAUUUGCAGUAGAAGUGGUUUAUCAAAAGUAAAAUCCUCUUCAUGGAAUUUUUGUUCCUAUGUUUAAAUUGAGCCUUGGGUAAACUAUUCUUCUAAUUAUGUCCCAAUAACUGAGAUUAUGAAUGCUCUGUAAAAUUUUAAUUUGGAUUUGGCAGGCCAAGAUGUGAGUAUGUCACAGAUUAAACUUGAAUGAUAGCAUUCACAUUAUUGUCGGCAUUUUAAAAGCUGACUUUGCAGUGCUGGUGCAAGUGAUUUAUUGGGAAUUAUAUAAUGCCCUGUCUCUUAUUUUGAAAAAUUCUAGCUAAGGAUUUACACUAUUAAAUGGCCCUGUAUUCUUGCUGUUAAAUAAAACAUCCACCAGAUUCUAGAUUUUCUCGCCAUUGUACUCAACAGCUAGUUAUAAUUAUACAUUUUAAUGCUGCCUUUCCAGUUCCAAAAAUUAGUGUUCCUUAUUUAUCUUCCUGGGUUUAUACCUUUGUUUAUGUAUCAUCAGCUGGACAGACAGGUGAGCAGACCACAUGUAUUUAAGUUGUAUUGCUGUGUCAUCCAGUAGAUGUGUUGUCUGUCAUGGUGAAGACCAUUAGGUUAGGUUUUUUCCACCCAGAAGAUGGCAACCUUUCACUGACUCAUUCCGCUUAAACAAAUCACCACGAAUGAUGCUAGAUUCUUCUUCCAGCAUUGGAAUGGAAGUUUGUGAUCACAGAUAGGUGGUGAGUUGCAUUAUUGUCAGGAUUUGAAGCACCAAAAUACUUCCACCAUUGAUAGCAUAUAGAAACUUUGCAUAUGAUCUGUACUCAGUCAAACCUUUUACUUGUUCCUUUUCAGCUGUGUGUGAAUGAUAUAAUAGGUAGAAUUCCUUCCUAAAAUCAUGAAUAAGAGAUAUGGAUGCAUUAUUGUAAUUCAUUAGCAAUUUUUAUUUCUUUUUUGAUAUUCGACAAUCUGUGGCAUUAUAUAAUAACCUCUAAAUGUAUUCUUCGAGGAUAAAUAAUGCAUUUCAGGAUUAAAUUGGCCUAACACUUUAUUCCAAGUGAUUCAAAUGUGCAAAUUUUUCAAAAUGAAUUUUGAAUAUUUGCUAAUAAGAUUACUUUCUCAUUGGACUAAAUAUUUCAUUCAUUAGAGUUAACAGUGGAGAAUUAAACAUAAAAAUGAGGUCUAUUGCAGGGUGGGAAAGUUUUAUUUAAUGUAUGUUCAAAAUAUGUGGAUUAAUGGUACAGCGUUAGAUCUACAUGUUGAGUAGGAUUAGUUUCAUGGAAAAGGAAUUGGUUGUGACACUGGAUCAGGUUUCCUUAUACCACUGUGACCAGACAGCUUGAUAUAAGAGAUUAUUGAAUGAGCUUCCAGCUGUUUCAUGUUCUGAAAUAAAAAAAGUAGCUUGUGACAUUGGAUUUUCUUUUAAUCUCAUCAGAGCAAGAAUUUUGUUUUCUCCAUCAUGGUUUAAAAUUGCAUUGUACAGAACUUCAGUAGAAUGGAAAUCUAGUCAUAAUAAAUUGAUGCUUUUUAAUGGUUUUUGGCAUAGUGCUAUCUGGCUACAAAACAGAUUCCAUUUUGAAGACAAUGCCCAAAAGUUCUUUUUAAUUACACUAGCUAUAAUUCCCAACCCAAAUGCAAAAAAAAGAGUAAAAUGUUCUAGCUAAUGAAGCAACAUAUGUUUGCUUGUUUGUUGCUACUUCACAAUACUUUUCAUGUAGUUUAAAAUCUGAAGUUGCUUUAGGAGCAACUUUACUUAAAUUUUCUCCCAUAUUUGCUCUCUAGUAUAAUUCUGUUGUGCAGACCUGACUUAAUAAAUUUAUCAUUGAGCAAGGUGAAUUUCAACAGGAAGUUGAGCUCCAAUAUUCCAGUUCUCUGGCUGAGACAUGGAAUUCACUGCUAUGCCUUUUGAACAACCAGUAUAAUUUAAGGAAAAAAAGAACCAGGCACAAUUAUGUGACAUUUUACAGGGUAGCAUUAUGAAUUCUAACCCAUCUCUCCAUUUUUUAAAAAAAAUCUGCAGUUAUAAACUAGAAUAUUGAGAUGGUUUUUGAAAUAUCAUCAAAUGGAUCUUGUGUGGAAAAUGAUUAAGUUAUGUAUUAAUGUACAAGAUUAAUAAACUUACAAAUUUAAAGUGUGCCCUUAAUAGUCAGUACUUGUGAUUUUAAGUAAAGAUUGCUUUUUACAAUCCAUAAUGAAAUUUACAUUACUGGCAAAAUAGUAUGUUGACUAAUUUUAUGAAGAACAUUAUUCCCAAGUGCAUUUUCUAAUUUGAAUUGUUUGAAAGGAAUACUUGUGCUCAAGACAGUUGACUGCAAAUUUUAUGCAAAUUUAAAUUUACAUUAAAUGAAGAAUAUAUUUUAGGUAAUUUUUGAGUGGGGCUGACCAGAAAACUUGCAAAUGACGAGUUAUGGAAAUUCUGAUUAGCUUUAAAUGUAGAUAUUCAAAUGAUUACUGGACUGUUCAUGGUCUGUUUUCCAUUGAAUGUCUGUUAUAUUUUAAAUAAAAUUUAUUUUAAUAUAUUUUGGAUAAUUGCUUAGAAAUACAAGUUCCAUUGGACUAUCAUAAUGACCAAAUUGCAUAAUUAGUUCAGUACAGAAGUGUUGGAGAAAUGGGUGAAAUGUAAGAGGGCAAUUCGGUUCUAAAAUUGGCUCAUCCUUCAUGUUAGUUUUGUGAACAAGCAUCAAUUUAAUCUGAAGCAUUUAUUGUCUUUUGUAUAAAUUGUCAAGUGCACAUUUACUUUACCCAUCAUUGUGGAAUGAUGUCAGAUAAAUGAACUUUCCCACCCACUGUUGCUUAUGCUAUGUGUCAGAAAAUGUAACUGUAAUCAAACCAGUUUGCCUUACUUUGUUCUAGAAUAGCAUUUGUCCCAGCACAUUGCAAAAGAAGGGAUUAUAUGCCGCUUUAGUCUAAAAUUUGCUGUGCCUAUAUUGGAAGAAAACCUUUUGAAUUACCAUAGAUAUUCAUCCUCUACAGAAAUAUUGAUUGUUUAUGAUGUUUGUUAUCAGGUUGCAUCUACAUACUGCUGGACUUCACUUACAAUCGAUAUAUAUUUUUACAGAUCAAAAAUAAUGGCAUUGGAAAAUAUUUUAAUUUCGCAUAGAAAUAAUUCCACUAUCAGUGAGAAGUAAUUUAAAUUUUAUAUUCAGUUUAUCUCACACUAGAAUGUAUUGUUUGACGUGUAGAAUAUGUAACAAAAUUUGGUACAUUAUUGUUCAGAGCAAUUAAACUGUUAUUGGAAAUUGAUUGUGUUUACAGAAAGCUUGUUAAUUGUAUAUUUUGUAUUAUGUACUGAUCCCAACUCCAAAGGAAAUAGUGUGAAUUUAGUUCCUAACUGUGAGGUUGUUCUAUUCGUUUGGAGUCAGUUGAACAAAUUGCAUAUGCCUGUGUAUUGUUAUGUUUGCACACUGUGGUGGUUUUGAAAUACAUUUAUGGAUGAAGAUGCCAUUAAUUAAAGUGUCAGGCUAUUGCAUAAUAUUUUUGUGUUUUUACCAGAAUUGAAUCAUGAACAUUGCAUGAAUGUGCAGAUGAAUUGUUUUUGUUUGUGGUAUGGAACCUUCAAAGACUGUUUGUUUAAACUAGGCAGAAGUUUUAAAUUAUGCCUGUAGAAAAUCUACUCAUUCUUCAUCUGAAUUUAAAGCAAAGUGUGCAAAACAUUUUGGUACUUUAAAAAAAAAAUAAUGAAUGGAAAGAUUAACUGUAUGGUUUAGACUAGUUCUUUGGUUUUCAAUAUACCACAGCAUGCAAUAAUAUUUUGUUAUUCAUGAGCUCUCCAUUCUCAGUGCAGGAACUGGAGGAUAAGCCAACUUGAAAGGAAGAAAAGUUGCAGUCACAAUAGGCAGUGUUCUGAGGCACCUCAAUUAGUGAAUCAAGAGCAAUCAUAGAUUUUGGUGUAUAUGGCCUGGCUGUACUUUAUUGGUAGUGGUUUAUGACCAAAGGUGCAUAAUUUCUUUUAGGUAAUUAUAACUUUAACAUGCAAAUCAUAAGAUCUGUUGUUGGCAUUUUGCUUGUAAUGGCUAUCAGCAUGCAAAUUGUUGUCACUUGUGCACUGGUUCAAAUCUCAUUUUCCCAACUCAGCUGAUCAUGCUGCAUGAAAAGGGUAUGAAUCAACUGACUUGUAGCCAAUACCCAAUUGUUAAAUACAAAGAAGGAAUUAAAAAUGGGCAAUCAGCAGCAUGUACAUUUAAAAAAGGGAUGUAUUAAAUUAUGCAAAAUACUUUGUGGAAUACUUAAUGCUAUUUUUACUUUUGAGUUGAAAACUAGGCAGGUAUAUAACACUCAGAUUUUUACAUUUUAUUGUUUUAUCCAGUGACUAUCAAAUGCCAAGUUUCUAUCUGUAACACUUGGCAUUUUACUGAUAUGCCAUGCAAAUGUCUGUUACUAAAACAAAAAAUCAUGAUAUACCUUUAGCGUUUACAUUCAGAACACAUCAAAACCUGCUUUAAUUUUGUCUAUCUUCUGUAAAGUUAUUGAAACAAGAUGCUUCGAAAUAGAAUUUUUGAAUACAAGGGUCCAAAUCAGUGUUUUGCAUAUUUUGUUAUUGUACAUUCUUGUGACCAAUCUUUACUUGAUAGAUCAAAUGAAUUAAUUUUUGAAGUUCCACAAAUAAUUUUGAGCAAAUAAUUGGAAUACACAUGAGCCAAUUAAAUUUGGGUUUAUCUGCUGUCAUUGAUAAUAAUCAUUGGUUGUACUUCCUCUUUUUAGAACUGACUUCUAUGAUAAAUGUAGCCUGCAGCUUUUAAACCAAUUUCACUUUUGAUAUGUUAUAUCUCAUGUUUAUAACACUAAGAUUAUUUUUCAGUAGGUAAAGUCUGUUCAGCUUUAUCGAGUAGUGAAACACAGUAUUGCGUGGAUCUGCUUGUAGUGAUCAACAUGAUUUAAUCAUCGAACAGAAGAAUGCUUUUUCUAUUAAAAUACAUCAUUAAGUAAGAAAUCAACUUUUUUCCUAAGUAAUAUUGAAAAGUGUGCAUAUUACUAGCUCUUAUUGUGCAGCUGCAAUUGUCACAUUCAUUAAGGGACUGAACACAACUUGUGCAGGUGAAAGGAAAGCCGGUGAGUAGGGAAUGUCCUUGUGUGUGUCUUUGUAUUGCUCUAUAAAUGGUUACAGCAGCUGCUUCUACUUGAUUUUAUAUAAGCUACGAUGUUGGUAGUUUUUUCAAAUGUGGAUGGCAAUUGGAAUAAAAGUACUGAAUUUAAAACA